AAGUGUUUAAUUGUUAUGAGUGAAAAUAUACCUUGUAGUUAUGGCGAGCCCACGGAUGACCAGCUCAUUACCAAGGAGUCCUUCAGUAGAAACGAUAUGGGGAAGACGGACAAGGCUCAAGGCAAUGAGCCAACGACGGCGGAAGGAGCUCCGGAGGUCGUGCCAGAGGCUGAGGAGAGCGGCCGGCGAGCUAACUACCUGAAGAAAUUGAAGACCAAGAAAGGUCGUAGACUAUGCACGCAAAUUGCUUUCGUAGCUCUCAACUUUGUCUCUAUUGUUACAGCAUUAUCGUUGAUAGCGGUGACAGUGCUGACGUCGCUGGCAACGAAGGUGUUCGACACUGAACAGUCCAACAGGCUGGUGGGGAUGGUGAUCAUCGCCGUGACGGCUGCAGUGGCUAUAUCCAUGGGUAUAUAUGCUGUGGUGGCCGUGUUCAAGAAGCAGACGAAGCCUAUACAUGCUGCAACAAUAGUGCUGCUGAUCCUGGCUGCGAUCCAGUCGAUCCUAGCCGGAGUAUCUGUGAAGGUGAGCCCGCGGGACGAGCUGCACCUGGGCAAGUCUCUCGCCGACUCGUUCAAGCUGGCCCGGGAGAACAAUCCGCGACACGUGAAGCUCUGGGCUGCUACUCAAUAUGAUCUCAACUGUUGCGGAAUCAUAAGUGCUGACGACUACCGCGACUCUAAAACUCCUUACUACUUCCCCCCGAACGUGCCUAUCUCCUGCUGCCCAACCUUCGACCCUGACAGGUCCGAACUGGUGCAGGAGCGAGACAGAGAGGUCUGCAAAGCCAGGAAAACGUUCUACGACCUUGGCUGCAGGGAUCUGAUCAUCAAUGUGUUCAAAGAGACUUCUCAUAUAGUGAUUGGAGUUCUGACUACUUUGAUCAUUCUGGAGCUCUUCAUUGCUUUACUUGGCUGGAUUUUAUGUCGAAACCAAAAAAGUUUCAGAAGAGGCGUAGAAGACGAAGAAGCCAAAUAAUCCUAUUUUCCUAACAAUGAAAUAAAUCAAAGGCUGAUUUUGUAAAAUAUGGCUAGGCUACGAUUAAAACUUGACCGAUAGUUGGCGUUAUUACACAAUUGUUUAUGUUAUGCCAAAUGCAAUGGCAAAUUUUAUUUUAAACGCCAGCUUUCACGUGUGUCUGAUUAUUUAUAUUAUUUAAAGCAUUUAUUUAAGGUAGAAAAUCGCUGUGAACAAUUUAAUUAACGUGAUUAAAAAAUUAGAGCGAGUUUGUGUAUUGUUGUAUUACACCGCCAUCUAUACAAUGCAUAUAUAAACUCUACGAAAUAUUGUAUGCUUAUGUACUGCUCUGCUAUCUAAUAUUGUAGUAAAACACUAGAUGGCAGUAAAUCAAUAAAGAAACAUUAUUUCUGAA